CAACAUGAUCAAGAUGGGAAUUUGGUACCCUACAGUUAUUUUCUUGCAUUUAUUAUGUAUUUUUUCCUCCCGUGAUGAAGGCUACAUGUAAAUGUAACAUGUACAUUAAUGAAAAUAAAAUAAAAAUUAUUGCUCAAAUUAAAUAAAUGAACAGUGCAUUGAAAUUUAUUGACAGCUUAUAUGAAAACUUGUGUCUUUUUCGGCAAUAAUGGGUACUCUCACGUUAUAUAGCAUAAAAGUUGCAAAAGGUGAAACCUUUUCUGAGAAAAAUUAUACCCCUCUCUCAGUUACCAUGGUUACAUCAUACCAAUGUCAUUUUGCUUCGUUUGUUUAUUUACAGUACGCGGAACUUAAUCCGGAAAUAAAAUAUCCAACCGUCUGUCAUGUGCUUCCGGGUAACGUGUAAACAAUACGGAUUCCAGAUUCCAUAUUGAACUCCUUCCAUAAACAAUAAGCAUGAUGAUAUAUUUAUAAAAAGAAUAUGAUCUACUUGUUUAAGUAUGUGUCCUACACUGGUUGUCAGUUGUUGAUUGUUCUUCGUUUGUCGUAAUAAAAGAAUAAACACAAUGUCUGGAGCUCAGGAAAUAGAAGUUGACAAGGAUACGGGGAACCCGUCCAAGGCGUGGGAGAGGAUCCGAGUCCACCAGAGAUACUAUCGGUGUGAUCCCUUCCCACCAAGUACCGCCAUAUCUGAGGACAAAAUCCGCUUUGUCUGUAUCUCCGACACGCAUGGGAAGAUUGAGGGGUCCAAACUACACAUGCCCCCAGGGGAUGUAAUGUUGCAUGCCGGAGACUUUACUCAAAAAGGACAUAUGAAUGAAAUACAGAAAUUUAACUCAUAUUUAGGUGCUCUGCCUUAUAAAGUAAAAGUAGUCAUAGCUGGUAACCAUGAUUUGACCUUUGAUGACAACAUCACUGAAGCAUCCCUUAGAACGUUUGGUGUUCAGAAAUCUACCGUCGAGUCUUAUUUGAGUGAAAGGGGACUUAAAUCUGUGAAGCAAAUGUUGACAAGUGCCAUUUACCUCGAAGAUUCACUGGUAACAGUCUGCGGAAUCAAGAUUUAUGGUGCUCCAUGGUCACCAAAGCACUUCAGGCGGAUGGCUUUGCAAUUGCGUAGAGGAAAGGAACUGAAAAAUGUUUGGGACAAAAUACCAAACGAGACUGAUAUUUUAAUAUCUCACUCCCCUCCCUGUGGUCAUGGAGAUCUGACUGGAGGUAACAACAAUGUCGGCUGUGUGGAGCUCCUAAAUACCGUACAGAAACGCGUCAAACCCAAGUUCCAUGUGUUUGGACACAUUCAUGAAGGAUAUGGUGUGACUUCUGAUGGGUAUACAACCUUCAUCAAUGCCUCAACAUGCACCAGGAGAUAUCUCCCAACCAACGCUCCAAUUGUGUUUGACUUUAUCAUUCCUGAAGGACAUUCCAAGGAAGAACUUUUGCAUAUGGAAGGACAUUCCUGAUAAAUAAUGGAGCCUAAAAUUAAAGGACCCUCUAUGGCAAUUAUUUAAGAUACAAAGUUCAUCAAAACAUUAGCAUGCAUGUCGAGAAAAGCAGGGCAGAUUUGCCUACAUGGCGGUGUAUGCAUGGAUUAUGCCCCCUUGAUUGAUGGAGUCAUCUUUCACUUUAUAUUAGAGAAUUUAAUUCGAGAUGUAUUUGAAUGUACUGAUAUGUUAAUUGAGUCACUACAAAAUGCAGAGAGAGAGAGAGAGAGAGAGAGAGGGGGGUGUUUUUUUAAACAUGAAAUCAUAAUUAUGAGAAAAUUAUUUCAUUCUUUAAUAUUGUGAAAUCCAAUUUCGUUCUUCAUUUGAGAAAACACCCUGUCAGGACUUUUAAUAUAUUAUAUAAUAAAUUAAUUUUUUAAA